AUGUUCCGCGACGAGAGCAAAGAAGUAGUACGAAAGGCAGCGGGGUCAAAGAAGACCGAGCGAGCGCCUCGCACUGUAUCCCCAGAAGGGAAGACCGGGGCUGUUGUUGUGGAGCCGGAAUUCAACUUCAAUGUUCUCCGACGAUUGGGGAGUCUCCCGGUGGAAGUUCAACCAUCGCAGGAUGUGGAGACGACGAAGUAUGAGGCGAUUUGUUAUUUCAUGCGGUCGAAUGCUAUUCCUGGUUCUUUCUGGACCAGUGAUCUCGUCUCUAGGUUCCUCUUGCAGUCUGGGGGUCCGGCGAGUCAGAGGGCUAUGCAAGCCAGUGUGGUUGCUACUGCGACCGCUAUGCUUUCCCGUGUUCGGGGCUUGCCUUCGCUGAAAGAUGUGGCCCACAGGGAGUAUGGGUCCGCUUUGAGGUUGCUAAAUACCGCCCUAGCCGAUAUUGAUCAAGCGAAGACGAAUCAGACUCUGGGCACGGUCGUGCUGCUUGCCAUUUAUGAAGUUGUUACGUCAAGGUCUCCGGAAGAUAUUGACAGUUGGACAAAUCAUAUCAAUGGUGCGACGGCCUUGCUUGAUAUACGUGGCACUGACCAGCUCAAGACCGACGCUGGUCUCAAAUUAUUCUUGCACCUGCGAUAUCAGAUCAUCAUCAGUUGUCUACAACGAGAUGCCCGAGUCCCUGAAUCACUAUUUGAAUGUACCAAACUCACCAUGUUUCUCCGCCCAGCAGAAGCGCAUGGCAACCGCCUCGUAAUGAUAAUUGGCAAACUAUCCAACCUACGUGCCGACAUAAGAACCAAAAGAUUCAACAACGAACGAGAGAUCAUCUCAGCAGCCUCAGCCAUCGAAGCCGACCUAAUUGCAUGGCUAGCCUCACUACCCCCAGAGUUCAACUACACAAGCCACACAAAAUCGCCCUUCGACUUUUCAUUCCAGCACCGAUUCGGAGGUCUAUCGCCAUACGAUGGCCACUACCACGUCUAUCCUAACCUCUGGGUCUGCAACUCCUGGAACCAAUACCGCAGCGCACGAAUAGUCGUCAGCGAAAUCAUCCUCUCGCACAUCCGCCAAAUCUCCACAAACUCAUCUAUAUCCUUCCUCUCCGAAGAGUUUCGCCUACAAUGCAAGGCACUCCGCUCAACAAUUAGACGACUGGCGGUGGACAUCUGCCGCGGUGCACCCUUUCACUUCAACGCGCAUGGCGCAGAAAAUUCGCCUAAUAUUCUUCCGCCAGAGAGUUACAUCGGUGGGCUUGUCCUGUUAUGGCCCUUGUUUGUUGCUGGUAUUGUCGAGAAUCCGUGCCAUGGUCUCCGCCGUUGGGUUGUGAAAUGUCUCGAGAUGAUUGGCAAUACGAUGGGACUUGACCAGGCGCUUGCGGUUGCUGAUAUUAUCUCUGCUGAUCCUGGAAUUCUGCAUUCUGUUACUGAAGAGGAAGAUGGGCUUAUUGAGGAGUCGAAUGUGCCGGAUUUGACUAGUCGGCUUCCUGUGCCUCUGUCCAAUAAAGUUAUGGGAGAGGAGGUAUAG